AUGACUAGGGAUCCAAACUUUAAUUAUCACCCUAAAUGUGAAAAGCUUGGAAUUACUCAUAUCAUGUUUGCUGAUGACUUACUUCUAUUCUCUAGAGGUGAUCUCAUUUCAGUCCAACUUCUUUUUGAGGCUUUUCAGAAAUUCUCAAGUGCUUCUGGUCUUGUUGCAAACCUUGAUAAAAGUGAUGUCUAUUUUGGUGGUCUCACUGACUCUAAGCAAGAUACUUUACAGGAAGCUUUGGGGAUGAAUAAGGGAUCCUUACCUUUUAGGUAUCUUGGUGUACCUCUCUCUGCUAAAAAGCUUACCAUUUCUCAAUGCUUUAACUUAUCAAGAGUGUGCUCUUUGGAAUUCAAGCUUAUUGGGCUCAGAUUUUUGUUCUUCCAAAGAAAAAACAUCAGAGAGAUUGAGUCUAAGUUUAGAUGUUUUCUUUGGACUGGCAAUGGAAAUCCUUCCAAGAAAGCUCUGGUUGCUUGGAAGUUUAUGUCACUUCCUAAGUCUUGUGGUGGGUGGAAUAUCACUUUCCUUGAAGAUUGGAACAACGCUGCUAUUACUAAGAUUCUUUGGGAUAUUUCUCAUAAGUCUGAAAACUUAUGGGUUAAGUGGAUUCACACUUAUUACUUUGCAAAUAAAGAUUCCUGGACUACUUUUGUUCCU